AGACAGCUGUCGCCCAUUCGGCGUCACGGCUCCGGGCUUGACGGGCUCCUUCCGUCCCGCUGUCAGAGUGGAACUUCCCUCCAGUCGGAUACCGCAAGACGAAGCGUGGACUCUCGGGGGAGGUUCGCCUUGAUUCCUCCGCCGCCGCUUCUUCCUACGCUUCGUUUUCCCUUCCCGGUGAGAUGAGGCGGAGGGAAAAAAGGCUGCUGCAGUUCGCCGGGCUUCUCGUAGCGGCUUUCGUCUUCCUCCCCAACGUCGGCUUGUGGUCGUUAUACAGGGACCGGGUGUUCGACAACCCGCCGGACGCGGCGGCAGCGGCAGCGGCGGACGGCCAGGGCGUCGGACCGCAGCUUCAGGGUGUUAACAAACUGCGGAAGGACAAUCGAGUGGACAGGAAUGGUCUUCAGAGGAAAGACUGGCACGACUAUGAAGCAAUCAAAAGGGAUGCCUCCAGAUCUGGGAACGGCGAGCAGGGCAAACCCUUCCCCCUGGCGGACGCCGACCGGGUGGACCAGGCCUACCGGGAGAACGGUUUCAACAUUUACGUCAGCGACAGGAUCUCCCUCAACCGCUCCAUCCCUGACAUCCGACAUCCCAACUGUAAACGGAAGCUGUACGCCGAGAAGCUGCCCAGCACCAGCGUCAUCAUCCCGUUCCACAACGAGGGCUGGUCGUCGCUGCUGAGGACCGUCCACAGCGUCCUCAACCGCUCGCCUCCGCAGCUCAUCGCCGAGGUCAUCCUGGUGGACGACUUCAGCGACAAAGAGCACCUCAAAGCAGCCCUGGAUGAGUACAUGAUCCGCUUGCCCAAAGUGCGCAUCCUGAGGAGCAAGAAAAGGGAAGGUCUGAUCCGGACUCGUCUGCUGGGCGCCGCCGCCGCCAAGGGCGAGGUCAUCACCUUCUUGGACUCGCACUGCGAGGCCAACGUCAACUGGCUGCCGCCGCUACUCGACCGAAUCGCCCAGAACCGGAAGACCAUCGUGUGCCCGAUGAUCGACGUGAUCGACCACGACAACUUUGGCUACGAGACGCAAGCGGGCGACGCCAUGCGCGGGGCCUUCGACUGGGAGAUGUACUACAAGCGCAUCCCCAUCCCCGCCCGCCUGCAGAAGGACGACCCCAGCGAGCCCUUCGAGUCUCCGGUGAUGGCAGGAGGCCUGUUCGCCAUGGACAGGAAGUGGUUCUGGGAGCUGGGAGGCUACGACACGGGUCUGGAGAUCUGGGGAGGAGAGCAGUAUGAGAUCUCCUUCAAGGUGUGGAUGUGUGGCGGGCGCAUGGAAGACAUCCCGUGCUCCCGGGUGGGACACAUCUACAGGAAGUACGUCCCCUACAAGGUGCCUGGAGGGGUGAGCCUGGCCCGGAACCUGAAGCGCGUGGCCGAGGUGUGGAUGGACGAGUACGCCGAGUACGUGUACCAGCGGCGGCCCGAGUACCGCCACCUGUCCGCGGGCGACAUCGCGGCGCAGAAGGAGUUGCGCAGCCGCUUGGGAUGCAACGACUUCAAGUGGUUCAUGAGCCAGGUGGCCUGGGAUCUGCCCGAGCACUACCCACCCGUGGAGCCCCCCGCCGCCGCCUGGGGCGAGAUCCGAAACGAGGUGAGCGGCAUGUGCGUGGAGACGAAGCACUUUGUGUCGGGAAGCCCCAUCCGCCUGGAAAACUGCGGCAAGGCGCGGGGCGACGUCAGCUGGAGCCACGGACAGGUGUUCACGUUGGGUUGGCGCCAGGACAUCCGCGUGGGCGACCCCAUGCACACCAAGAAGGUUUGCUUCGACGCCGUCUCCCACAGCAGCCCCGUCACCCUCUACGACUGUCACGGCAUGAAGGGGAACCAGCUGUGGCACUACCGCAAGGACAAGAGCUUGUACCACCCGGUGAGCAACAGCUGCGUGGACGGCAACGCGGCCGAGCGGCGCCUGUUCAUGAACACGUGCGACGCCUCCUCGCCCAGCCAACGUUGGCUCUUCGAGAAGAUCAACGGCACCGUUCUGGAGCGCUUCAACCGCCGCGCCGCCGAUUGAUUCCCCCCCCCCAGCCGGUACCCGCCCGCUGCUGCUGUUUACGCUCUGCCCACCGGGAUGGGCGCCCGCCCUCGUUGGCCCCCCGACUUUGAUUGAUGGCAUUUUGAUGCCGUAUUCUUACUCCUGGCUAUUCCUCACCCCCCCCCCCCCCGGCCCCCGCCCCCCCCCCCCACCCCCGCUUUCUUCGCCUUAUUUUUCCUGCCUUUUCUUCACCGCCGAGUUCCUUAUCUCAUCCUGUCCUCGUCCUUUCUGGACUGACUGCCUCUGACCUCCACCCCCCCUCACCCCCCCCCCCCCCCCCCCCCCCCCGCUCCCUUCCCGUCAUCACCAAAGUCGUGGCCAAGAACCACUUACCUGCCCGAUGAAUGCCUCCCCCCACCUUUGCCCUCGUUCCAUCGCUUUCAUCGUUUCUUUUUUUUUUUCCUCAUCAUUUCUUGACACUCUCGAUGUCAGCGGUGGCUCGAAGCGUCCCCCCCCCCACCCCCCCCGUCACAGGCGGAUGAGCGGAUGGGGUGAUGCGGGAGGGGCGGGGGAGGGCUCCAGGAGGGCCACUCUAAUGCACUUGUGAUAAACUUGAAUGAAAUCUUUGUGCCUUGUUGAACAUUUUAGGUGUGUGUGUGUGGGGGGGGGGGGGUUGUAUGUGUGUGUGUGUGUGUGUGUGUGUGUGUGUGUGUGACAGCAGAGCUGAUAUGAGCGAGGCGCACUGAACCCUGCGCUUCCCAGACUGAACCGAGUGGUGUGAGUAAAAAUGUUCCUUUUCCAAUCAUGUGAAGCCCUGCUUGAUUUAUGUCCCCUUGUCCAAAGUCUGUUGGGGGGGGGAAAGUACAUUUGUUCUACUUUUUUUGGGGGGGGGGGGGGGUUGUCGGUCUCCCCUAUGUGGUUUUUGUCGUGGUCCUAAAGUUUGGAAAGCUUCAUAUGCAUUUUCGGCCCAACCGGAUCCACACGUCAAUCAUUGGUCCAAAAAAGUCCUUUUUUUUGGACCAUUUUCAAGGCAUUGCUUACAAGGAUUGGGAGUCAUUUUACAGCACUUUUGAUUGAUUGUCCAAGACCCCAAAAAUAUUUUUUUUUGUGUCUACAUAACGUGCCAAAAGAGAAGAGGAGAGAGGGACGGGGUCGUUUUGACCUUAUUCUGUUCUUUAAUAAUCAGCAGUGGAACCUAGGCCAGAUACACUCACAACUCUGGUUUCCGACUAAAAAGCGGAGAAAAACAAACCAACAUAUGUUCAAUGUUCAGUUUUCAAUAUUCCUUGAGAUUUUUUCCUGCGUCCUUGUAUGGCAAACGCGCACUCCCGAUUUCCGCGUCAGUCAAUGAAACGGGUCCCGGUCCCUAAUUUUCCUCAAUUUCUUGUUUACACACUUGCAAAAACUGGUGAGUUUUCAUUGAUGGGCACCCCCCCAAAAAAAAAAAAACUCCUAAUGUUGCCUGUUUUUAUUUUCAUUCAACAACACCCCCCCCCCCCAAAAAAUUUGUGGCCACCUCAAUCAUUUUUUUCAUUGUUGUGGAGUCGUUAGUAUCAAACUUCCCUUUUGUCAACGUGCGAUCAAAACAAUUCAGCAAAAGGAAUGAAUGUCUAUUUUGCGUGCGUUUGUGUCAUGUGACCAAUUUGUGUGUCGCCAACUGUACAUUUUGUACGGCGUGAAUGACAUUCGUCUUGAUUUUUCUACUGUUGCAAAAAAAAAACAACAA